UCUAAAGUCGUCUUUAUCUAUGGUCUAAACUAACCUAAUGUGAUUUGUGCAUUUUGUUUACAUUAUAAAUUGUAUUCAAAAUAUUUGGGAUUUUAUUGUAUAUUUGGUUUUAUUGUGUUUUCACCUAGUUGUACUAUCGAGUGUUCACCAAUAUCAUGCAGGUCAUGUGCAAGUGUACGUGAUUUAUUUAGGUUCUGUUUACUUGAGUACCCUUUUAAGCUCUCAGAAAGAAUUUUGGAUCCAGAAAGAUAUUAGAAACUGUACACUGAGUCUGAGCUAGUCUCAGAACUCAGAAGUCAGAGUCAUGGCGCACUAUGAAACUAUGUCGGAAAGAAUUUGCAAAGACCUUAGAGAAAUUGUCCUCGCCUCCACGAUUAACACACCGCCGUUCAAAGUUAAAGACUUUGCCAUUGUCACGGAGGAAAGGGGCAUCUACAACAAGAGUCCUAUAUUAUUCCAAGAAGCACAUUUAGGUCUUGAAGCUUGGAGUGUUGACAUUAUCUACCAAUAUGUAUGCUCUAAAAUAUUUCCACUGCGAAAACACUUAGCAAGAGGCAAAACAUCUUUGCAAGAAAGGCGAAACUUGAAUUGUUGGUUGAUAGCUGCUAUUUUAAUCAAUCCACAGGUGACCACCUUUUGGAAUAUGAGACGAAACCUGGCAUUACAGGCUGCAGUAGCUUUUUCGGUGGAGCUGGAAUUUAGUCGAAUAGUGCUCACCAGGAAUUACAAAUCAUCCGACGCGUUUACUUAUCGAAGAUGGGUGUUACAGCGAAUGUUCUUAGACGAAACUGCUCGAUGCGUAGUAUUUGGAGUCACCAGAAGUUUGUUUUAUGGUGAACUGCAGAUAUGUGACAAGGUUCUAGAGUUAGCGCCAGACAAUUACCAUUGCUGGAUACACCGACAAUGUUGCAUGGUAAUAUUCGAUAUGAAAAAUGUUAUAGAAGAUACAUUACGUGAAGAAUUCAAAUUUAUUGAUUUGUGGGUGCAACGACACACUAAAAUAAGUAAUGGCUAUCACUACAAACAAUUUUUAAUCAAUUUUGUCAACGUGAACAAGCGUUAUGGUCCUCAGUCUUCUAUUUCAUUCGCCAAUAAUUCGGUUAUUGUACCAAGAAGUGCUUGCAAGUCAGUCGAGGAUGGCAAAAUAAAUAUUGAUAAUUUUUGGGAACAGUUAGGUAAUAACGACUUUUACGAUUGUUCAAAAACAUUUAACAUGUGGAUAUGCGUUCUCUGGAAUGAUCUUGCAAAUGAAGAUUUCAAAGACAAACUAUUUUAUAUGCACGAAAACUUUUGGCUUCAUAGGAGAUUUAUCCUCUACAUGAUGUUUUCAAGCAUAUAUUAUAAUCUAGGAGGAAAACUAGACGUUGGUAACGAGGUAAUCCAUGUUAAAAGUACCUUGCGAGAUCCAAACAUAUUAUUCACCGUUUCUAAUAGCAAUUACAAGGUGGACGAACCAAUAUUUAUUAAUCAUGCCCGCAACAAAAUCAUUACCAGCCCUUUCUACAAAGCUUUAAUUAGUGCUGAGAAAAAAUUGGUUCAAAAGUUAACGUUUCCUUCAAAUCACGAACUAAUACGAAGACAUUGUUCUUGGCUCAAUAAUUUUUUGAGGUUUGAUGUCGAACUCACCAGUGAAUCUUAACUGUUACAUACGUGCAAUCAUAAUAAAGAAAUUUAGCUAUUAAUAAUGAUCUCUGAGCGUAAUACCUGUAUAAACGGACAAAUGAUAUGAUGAAGUUAUGUUCGAAAUGUAAUAAAGCAAUUAUUUUAUGUAAUAAAUGAAUAGAUUUUCUAUUGAA